AUGGCACUGGUCAAGUUGUUAGUAUCGGGCCUUCGAGUAGUGUGUAGAAGUGGAGAUAACAUACAAGAGCAUAAGAGCAGAUGGGACCAAACUGUCGGCGCCACUCAGCACGAAAAACUUAGGACUCCAAGUUCACCGUGCGAAAUCCUUGAAGAGACUUCAUCCGAGUCGAUCACUGUUGACAAAGCCAAAGCCCUCGUGGUUCUCCUGUUGGCACCGUUUGACCAGGAGUCGAUCCGAGCCAAGUCAUAUCUGCACUGA